AUGUCCAGUGAAGCUGAGUCCACGGCCAAGCGGCCCCGCACCACCAUCACGGCCAAGCAGCUGGAAACCCUCAAAAACGCUUACAACAACUCGCCCAAACCGGCGCGGCACGUCCGGGAGCAGCUUUCCUCGGAGACGGGGCUGGACAUGCGGGUGGUGCAGGUCUGGUUCCAGAACCGCAGGGCCAAGGAGAAAAGGCUGAAGAAGGACGCGGGGAGGCAGCGGUGGGGUCAGUACUUCAGGAACAUGAAGCGCUCCCGGGGGACCUCCAAGUCCGACAAGGACAGCAUCCAGGAGGAGGGGCCCGACAGCGACGCCGAGGUCUCCUUCACAGAUGAACCCUCUAUGUCUGAGAUGAGCCAUUCCAAUGGGAUUUACAGCAAUCUCAAUGAAGCAUCCCCCGCUUUGGGGAGACAGGCUGGGACCAACGGGAGCUUUGCUCUGGAUCACAGUGGCAUCCCAGCUCAGGACCAGUACCACGACCUGCGAUCCAACAGCCCCUACGGGAUACCCCAGUCACCAGCUUCUUUGCAAGCACUGCCAGGCCACCAGCCUUUAAUCUCCAGCUUGGUUUACCCAGACAACGGCUUGGGCAUCAUGGGACAAAGCGGACAAGGGGUGCCCCAGUCCAUGAGGGUCCUGGCCGGGAACGGACCCAGCUCCGACCUCUCCACCGGCAGCAGCGGGGGAUACCCGGAUUUCCCUGCCAGCCCGGCCUCUUGGCUGGAUGAAGUCGACCACGCUCAAUUUUGAUACAGG